AUAUCCAUCUUUCUUUCCCUAUAUAAGACAUACUAUAUCCGUGGAUUAGUAGCAUCAUCAACCCUAAUCUCUAGAUCACAAAUAUGUCAAACAAUUUGAUGAAGAAAAAGCUUCAAGGCAAAGUAGCCAUUGUAACCGGCGGCGCCAGCGGCAUCGGCGAGACCACCGCCCGCGCCCUGGCAGACCACGGGGCGCGCGCGGUGGUGAUCGCCGACAUCCAGGCCGAAAAGGGCCGCGCCGUGGCGGAAUCCAUCGGGCUGGAGCGGUGCAGCUACGUCCAGUGCGACGUAACGGACGAGGAGCAGGUCGAGGCCAUGGUCGAAUGGACGGCGACGACCUACGGCGGCCUCGACGUAAUGUUCAGCAACGCCGGCACCACCACCAGACUCCCUCAGACCAUCCUGGAUUUGGAUUUUUCGGAGUACGACCGCGUGAUGCGGGUGAACGCGCGUAGCAUGGCGGUGUGUGUGAAGCACGCGGCGCGUAAGAUGGUGGAAUUGGGGACGAGAGGGGCUAUCGUGUGUAUGUCAAGUGCGGGGGCUGAGAAGGCGACGGUGGACAAGACGGACUAUAUGAUGUCGAAGCGGGCGGUGCUGGGGCUGAUGCGGUCGGCGAGCUUGCAGCUGGGCCGGCACGGGAUUCGGGUGAACAGCGUGUCGCCCGGGAUGGUGUACACGCCACUCGUCGAGGAGCUGGGGUAUGCGUGGGAGGAUAUGGAGAAGUACAUUGGGCCCUACAUGAGCUUGAAAGGGGAAACGCUCACGGCCGAGCACGUGGCCGAGACGGUGGCGUUUCUAGCUUCAGAUGAGGGCGCAUUGGUCACCGGAGUUGAUUUGGCGGUGGAUGGUGGGAUAAUUGCCACGCCAUUCCUUGAAUAAAUGUACUCCCUCCCUCCGUCCCAAGGAAGAUGACCCCUUCCUUGGGCGGCACGGGAUUUUAUGCAACUUUAUUUUGUGUGUUAAGUGGAGAGAGUAAAGUAAAAGAGAGGGAAUAAAGUAGAGAUAAAGGGUUUUCCAUUUUAAGUAAUGAGUCAUCUUGAUUGAGACAAAUAAAAAAGGAAAGUGGGUCAUCUUCAAUGGGACGGAGGGAGUAUCAAAUCUAUAAUAAAACUAGCAUUACACCUGUGAUAUGCACGAACAAAGAUGUUUUCAAACCAUGUAUUUAGAUUAUGUGAACAAUAUCGUUAUACGAAAAUUACAUUAAAAAAUGUUAUAUACUCCCUCUGUCCGCGAAUAGGAGUCCCACUCCAUUCCGGUACGGGUUUUAAU